AUUUGGCAGACAAAGGUAUCCGGCAGAGAUGAGUCGUUAACGUUAAUAUCGCUGUACAUAAUGUGGUAUUUAAUAUAGCUCUAAUUCGAACAAGGGUUUGUUCAACUUAUAUAUCUUUGAAACAGCUGCAUCUAGGAACGAUAAAAGUACUUUGAAACUGCAUGACUUGUUCUAAAAACUAUUGUAACUUCUUAUGUCCAUUCGAUAACCGCGUUCCAUAGCGAUCAGACUUGAUGUUCCAGGUAAGUUAUAAAUAUUGCUGUGAUAUUUUGUUUCAGAGAUUUUGAUACAUAUAAAUAGAUGAUGGGAGACAGAGAAGAGAGACGACGAAUUUUAGCUAUAAAUGAACCGAUACAAAAUGGCUACCGCAGUAUUGAAACUGGGGAUGAAAAGGUUGAACUGCCUGAUGUUGACGAAGGAAAAACUUCAACACCUGCAGCAGUUUUUAUAGUGGUUAAUGCCGCUAUGGGUGCAGGACUUCUCAAUUUUCCAAACGCAUUUGGACAGGCUGGUGGAAUUGGUCCCGGCGUAGCGAUGGAACUGAUGUUUCUGAUUCUAAUCGUCACCAGCCUUUUUGCUUUAGCAUAUUGUUCUCAACUACAUUCAAGCAACACAUAUCAAUCUGCAAUCGAAGCAACUUGUGGAAAGGGAUUCGGUAUCGCGACCGAAAUAUGUAUAAUAGUGUAUAUGUUUGGCACUUGUAUAGCUAUGGUCAUCAUUAUUGGAGAUCAAUUUGACAAAGUUAUGGAAGCCAUAGUGGGAAUCGAUUUUUGUCAUCACUGGUACAUGAACAGAAAAUUCACAAUGUCAGCGUUUGCAAUUCUAAUUAUACUACCGUUAUGCAUACCAAAAGAUAUCGGUUUCCUAAGACACGCCAGUGUUAUCGGCGUUAUUGCAACCUUGGUUGUUAUGUUUACUGUUGUCAUCAAAUAUUUUACCGAAGACCAUCACCCAGUACAUAACCCUCGUGGUAAAGAUAGCUGGGGAAUGACUUUCAGUGCGAUUCCUGCUAUCUUCUUUGCUUAUCAGUGUCACGUUAGCUCAGUCCCAGUCUAUGCAACAUUAAAACGUAAAACAAUGUCAAACUGGUCGAUUGUUAUUGUAAGUUCUAUGGUAUUAUGCGCCACUACAUACACUGUGACAGGAGUUUUCGGCUACCUGACAUUCGGCGAUGCCGCGAAGAGUGAUAUUUUACAAUCAUAUGAUGCUAAAGAUUGGUUUGUCAUUGCUGCUAGAAUAUCAGUUGUAGUUGCAAUGAUUACAUCAUAUCCUAUUUUGCAAUUUUGCGGAAGAGCGGCGCUUAUCACUCUUCUUUCAAAGACUGGAAUGACGACUUUGACACCUCCACCCAAGCGCGAAAAGAUUCGUCGUUACGUCAUAACGAUGACAUGGUUUUUCUCUUCUUUGGCAUUCUCUCUUCUCGUUCCUAAUAUAGGCGUGGCGAUAGCAGUCGUAGGCGGGAUUGCUGGAUGUUUCAUAUUGGUGUUUCCAGGUUUCGCUUUAACGAGGAUCAUUCUCGACGAUACAUCCCCAAAGACGCGCAAAUCCUAUUUUCUUAUGGGUGUGGGCAUGCUCCUGUUUGUCGGUGGAAUGUUUUUAUUUGGAGAAAUCACGUGCCGAGCCAUCAUCGAUGAUGUUCGUGACACAGACCCAGAAUUGUCUAGUAAAUGUUAUGAAAGUUAACUCGCCAUAUUUCUUUUACCUUUCGUAUUAGCGUUAUUCAGUGGGAAGUAUAUAUACCAGUUUCAGUCUAAUUUAGAAUGAAGUUGAUAAGUUCUAUUCGCUUCCAUUUGCAUUUGCUACAUAUAGAUUUUUACCUUCGAUUUUACGAAAUCAGCAACGCAAAUGCCGUACCUAAAUCAUGGUACAAUUUUUGGUAUUCAAUGCGUAUGAUCAGACUAUAUCAAUUGACGCUCGCAUAUUGUGCAUUUUCUUGUAUUUUAUCUGUCAUUUCUACCUCUGCAUUUUUAUGCUUCGUUUCUUUUUUGCAUUUAUUUAUUCCCCUGUUUAUUCAAGUGUUAUCUUUUAUUGUGUAUUGCUUGAUUUCAGUUUUGAUUUUUCCAUUUUUAUCGCGAAUAAAAAACUUUAAAAUUGC